UUUCAAACCGCCAACAAACUUUUGUUAUCAACUAAACUUUUUGAGAGUUUCGAGAUCGUCUUGUAUUUAGGUUUUCAAAUAUUUUCGCAAAUUAUGUCGUCAAUCUUACUCUCAAGUUCUCUCAGACAAUCUCUCAUAAGUGAUAUGCAUCAUUCUUUAUGACUUUUCGUGGUUUUGGCGUUUAAAGAACUUCAUUUACGUCAUGUUUCGAGGACAGUUCCAGAGCGGCAUCUUAUCUAUUCUUUAUAGUAUGGGCACAAAACCUCUACAACUAUGGGACAAGAAAGUUCGUAAUGGACAUAUUAAACGUAUUUCGGACGACGACAUCCAGUCAUUGGUUUUGGAAAUCUUGGGGACCGAUGUGAGAACAAUUUUCAUCACGUUACCUGCAGAUCCGAUGAUCCCUCUUGGUAUUAAAUUACCGUUUCUCGUACUGAUCAUAAAGAACUUGAAAAAGCAUUUCACAUUUGAAGUGCAGGUAUUGGAUGAUCGCAGUGUAAGAAGACGAUUUCGAGCUAGUAAUUUUCAAACUACCACCAGAAUUAAACCUUUCAUAUGCACGAUGCCUUUGCGUCUUGAAGACAGUUGGAAUCAAGUACAAAUCAACCUCCCUGAUUUUGUGAGGAAAACGUACGGUACAAAUUACGUGGAAACAUUGAGAAUUCAGAUUCAUGGCAAUUGUAGAAUAAGAAGAAUUUAUUUUUCGGAUCGUAUUUACGCCGAAGAUGAAUUACCCAUGGAAUUUAAAUUAUUUCAACCCAUUCAUAAAUAUGAAAAAAAGGAAAUUCGGAAUUGAAGUACUGGAUUUACUAAAGUCAAGAUCUAUCUCCGAACUGCAGCUGUUCAAAUGCCUCAGUAAUCGUUGUUUUACCGCGGGCUCUAUAAAUAUCGAAUUUGGUUGUUUUGACGAACUACUGCUGUGAUGUUUUGAUGACUUGGAAGAAUCAUUGUUGCAUAGAUGAAGCUCUGGUGUAUCGAGAAAUCGAGUUACCUGCGACAGAAGGAACAAGUGACGAUAUGUUGGGAUUUUCUUCUAACUGAAAGAAUAAUUCACUCACUUCUCUGGUACAUUCUUGAAAGCCUGCUUUGUAUUUAUCCAGUUCCUCGGAAUUGAGUAUUUUUUGUCUUUGCAAGUAUCGUACUGUUAAUUCAAGAAUAUCUGCCUUUUCUAAUUUUGAAUGUCUUGUGUUCUGUGUAUCGUCAAAUUUCGUUUUUUAGGUAUUACAAUAUCACUCGUUUGAAAUACCGAUUUAGUAAUAAUGCUUACGUCGUUUUUUGUCGAAUCCAGAAUUAAUGUUUUCAAUAAAGCUAGUGACUGAUUGAUUCGA